GACGUCACGUCAGGUUUGCAGGCCCAGCGCGUUGGUAGUAGCUCAUGGGCCGGGCCAAGUGAGAAGAAAAAUAUUUGGCUUUCACCACCAGGUUGCCGGAAGCCCUCGGAAUUCUUCUUUGGGCGAAUAAACUUUACAAGCUGUUUUCACUGCAAGAAUUCCUUUCCCAAAUCUCCCUCGGAGAACGAUUAAUUAGUCGCCAAAAUGAGCAGCACACCAACCGAAACACCACCGCUGCCCCGGAAGUCUCUGAUUGAGAAGGUGGAAGCAUGGGGAUCCUCCUCUCUUCCGCCAAUGGGUAUGGCGACGUUGAUAACGGCCCUCCACUUCCGGCCCUUUCAACCACUACCCAUGCUCCUCACCCCGGCUCUCAUCUUCACAUCCUAUGUCACACUGAGCGGCUGGGCCAUUGACGGCGCCGGCCUCAACAUGGCCUGCAGCGGCCUCUACGCGCUGCUCGCCAUGCGCAGGAGGCCCGCCUCGAUCCGCAACAAGUUCUCGGCCAGGGGGUUCGUGCGUGGCGUCACCAUCGGCCUGGGCGCUUCGAAUGCCAUCGCUGGCGGCUGGGUCUACUUGACCGGUGAUAGGAAGAGGGAGAAGGCGGAUAGGAUAGCCAGGAACCGAUGGGGUGGUCCAACUCCCCCCAAGUGAAGAACCAGUCUAGAUGCCUCUGAUAGCAUGGUUAUCCCGUCCCAGGUGACGAGUUAUUAAAUCCACUAGAGAGCUGUCCAAAACAGAAACAGCAACGUUUUGAUAGGCUACCCAAUUCGACCUUGGAUAAUUCUCACUGCGUGUUGGACUGUCGGUCGAGGUCUCCAAGUAGUUUGCACAGAACAUGUUCGAACCAGUCGACUGCUUCGGAUAAAAGUAUUCGCAAUGGACCCGGUGGUUGCCUUGGUAUUUCUUACUGCUCGAAGAACACCAGCUUGACAAGGAGCUAAACAGACAAGCAGUGAGUGUUGUUUAAGUAUGGAGGCAAGUGCAGGUAAGCGAGGUAGUUAGUUUGCACCAUAAUCAACAAAUUGUAUGCUGGAUAUUGCUGCUGGGCAGUAGAACCGACUGUUUGCUAGACUGUCAGUAACCGAUUGGA